CUUCAAUUCCACCGCGACGACUGCGAGCCAGGGCCGGGGGCCAUCCUUAAUACCAAACCCACUCAAACUCAUCGUCCGGCUUACCAAAUUCAAAACCACCACCAUGGAGAGACGCGCCCUCGCCCAAUGCCUCCGCUCGAGGCCGACCACCACCCUCCAACUCCUCCCCGGACGAAUUGGUCUCCGAUUCGCAUCCUCCGGAUCCAACAACAACAACACCACCACCACCACCACCACCACCACCCCUCCAUCAGCUCCAGCUCCCACUCAAUCCGCCCCUCCCUCUCGCACCGCCAACCGACCCCAACAACCCCCCGCCGCAGCCACCACCGACUUCGACCAAAUCCUCAACAAACUCAACAUCAACACCACCACCGGCACCACCCGUACCUCCGCCAACGAACGCACCCCCGGCUCCCGCGUCUUCAACAACGACCCCCUCUCCGUCUCCCGCGCCGUCAGCCAAUCCGCAGAAACCGAUACAUUGCGGGCCGCGUCGCGCCGCGUCGACCUGAAGCUGGGUCCCAAGCUGGGUCGUCAGAUCACCGUGGAGCCGGAGAAGGGCAUGGAUUUGCCCGCCGCGUUGAGGGGGUUGACCACCGUGUUGAAUCAGAAUAAGGUUAAGGCGUCGCUGCAGGCGCAGCGGUUUCAUAUACGGAAGGGUCAGCUCAGGAAGAAUCUCAAGAUUAAGCGCUGGAGGUAUUUGUUUAAGUUUUCGUUUGGGGCGACGAUUAAGAGGAUUCAUAAGAUUAGGGCGCAGGGGUGGUAAUCUCUCUCAAUCUCUUUGCUUAUGGGAGGGAUGUAUAUAUGGGGAUGAAGGGGUUGCUAGGGAGGAUGGUGAUGGGAGGAUAAAACGUUAGGUUCCUUUGAUACUACAUGUAUACUAUCUGUUUUAUGUUUGGUCUGCAGUUUGCCAUGUUCGUCAGUAGAAUUUACAUCAAUUGAUACUAUGUCCGCC